AUGGAGAAACCUUUGUGGUAUCGUUGGGCUAGAGUUUACGCAGUUGGUGCGAGUAUCGUUGGUUUUGGUGUUGUCGCAUAUUUGUACGCUACUCCAACAGAUGAAGAAUUAAUUAAUAGAUUAUCACCAGAAUUAAGAGCUCAAUAUGAAAGAGAAAGAGGUCUUAGAAGAAAAGAACAAGAAGAACUUAUCAAAAUUGUGAAACAAACCUCCGCUUCACAAGAUCCUAUAUGGAUGACUGGUCCAAUUAAAUCACCUUUAGAAAACCAUGGUACACAAUUAGCAGAUGUUAAACAACAGUAUGAAAAACAAGUUGCAGAACAAAAACAAUUACAAGAAAUUGAACAAAUCAGAGCAGAACUCGAGGAAACACAAAGGAAGACCAAAUUAGAAACUGAAGAACAGUUAAAGAAGAAAACUUGGUUUGGAUGGAGAUGA